AUGGAAUUCUCUGUGAAAGCAAAAGCUUUAGCAGAAGGAAAGAUAAACCUUUUGCAGAAGGAACUUGAAGAAAAGUCAAAAUCAUUGAAUGACUGUGGUUGCCACUCUCUUCGCUUUUUAAAUAUCUCUGUUCCUGGUGCAAUACAAGCUGGUGAAUCUAUCUGGCUUAAAUGUGAUUUUGAUUUAGAGGGAGAUGAUUUAUAUUCUGUCAAAUGGUAUAAAAAUCAUGUGGAAUUUUAUCGAUACCAGCCCAGGGAUAAACCACCUGGUCAAACAUACCGACUCUCUGGUACAGAAGUUGAUGAGAAUGUUGAAACCGAUGUGAAGAUGAUGGGUACGGUGGUAAUCAUGAACAGAAGUUGCCACUCUCUUCGCUUUUUAAAUAUCUCUGUUCCUGGUGCAAUACAAGCUGGUGAAUCUAUCUGGCUUAAAUGUGAUUUUGAUUUAGAGGGAGAUGAUUUAUAUUCUGUCAAAUGGUAUAAAAAUCAUGUGGAAUUUUAUCGAUACCAGCCCAGGGAUAAACCACCUGGUCAAACAUACCGACUCUCUGGUACAGAAGUUGAUCUUGAAAGAUCAAACAGCAGUCAUGUUCUCCUGACGUCAACCAGCUUAGACACUGAGGGCCUGUAUGGCUGUGAAGUUUCAGGAGAAGCACCUUCUUUCAAAACAGCAAAAUCAGAAGACGAAAUGCGUGUUUACGCUCUACCAUCACAUGGUCCUGAUAUUAUUGGCUUACAGCCUCGUUAUCAAGUUGGUGAUGAGGUAAAUAUAACGUGUUCCUUUGGACCUUCUAAACCUGCUGCAAAAGUGCAUUGGUAUAUCAAUGGGGAAGUGGCCCAAGCACAUCACGUGACUCACUUGCCACCACGGAAAACAAAAGAAGGAUUGCAAUGGAUUGAAUUACGUCUCAUCUUUUCUAUGUCAGGCAAAUAUAUAAGAAAAGGAGGACUUCGUCUACAAUGCUUAGCUGAAGUGUUCUUGAUUUACGCAAGAUCUCAUCACGAGUUAGUUAUUGGGGAACGAUUGUCAGGACCAGGACCCCAGAAUGCUCCAAAUGUGAUUCCAAGCCGAAGAAGACCUCGAGUAAGUGGUACAACUAGCCGAUAUGAUGUAGGAGACUUAGUAGACAUAAACUGCACAUCAGCGAAAGAGAGCACUCCACCAAUUCUAAGAUGGUUUAUUAAUGACAGAGAAGUUCCUAGGAUACAUUUAGUAGACUACGGCACUGUACGAUCUCAAACCUCGUCUUUAGUAGCAACAGUUCUUGGACUUAGAUUCCAUGUCCAGCAACAUCAUCUAAGACAAGGUGAAUUGAAACUUCAAUGUGAAUCAACAUUGACAAGAGAAAUUCUGAGAAGAAGGGAAGAAGUGAUAUUUGAAGGGCGACAUGAGACAGCAGAGCUUCAAGUUGCCCAAGUUGCCAACUCUAUUUCUGCAGAUGGUAUCAGAUGUACACCAUGCUAUGUGAUAGUUUCAACUUUACUUUUAAUAAUUCACCAUAUCAGUAAGAAAACAAUGGGACUAAAUUUCACAUAACGUGUGCUUAAAUUAACCCAGUGCCCAAGACUUGUUUUCUACAAAUAGUAGAGCAAAACCUUAGGAUUACAGUUUGAAUAUUUGUGCAUCCUCCAGCUGUAGCGGCUUCACAGUUUCUUGAAGCCCGUUAGAUGACUUGAAAAACAUGUUAUGAAAGGCAAAAACUCUAAGACUGCGUUCUUCUUACAUCAGUAAGAAGAACAGCUUAUUUCAAGCCAGACAUUGAAUGACAUAAUCUUCCUUGAAACCAUUUAUUGUAUUAUAACCCAUGAAAUUUGUUACAAAGAUUCUCCGAAUUCGCUUGCUUUACAAUAAGUAACAUUUUCGUUUCCUUUAAAGUAGCAUUUCAAUAAUAAUUUUGAAGACAGUUUUCAGACAUCAGAAUAUACUAAACCAACUUCUGAUAAUGCAAGGACAACUAAACCGAGUAUAUUUGCUUACGUCCUUUAGUUACCUCUUAAAGUAUUGAAAUAGAAGAUAAUCAUUUCCAUUUGUUCUCGUAAAAAUGUGAAAGAAUAUUUAUUUUGCAAACUCGCGCGUGGUGAUUAUAAACUGAUAUUGCCAGAUUUUGCUUCAGCGAAGAAAAUAAAAAACUCAUACACUUUUGAAAUGUUGUUAGGAGUUGUAUAACCCAACAAAAGGGACCAGAAAAUAAAUAUAGAUGUUGUUUUAUUUCAUGUUCAAGUAUGCUGAGAAGCUAUCUGCUUCGACAAGUACCGUUGUUUCCUGGUGAAUGGUAUUAAAUAUCUAUUUCAUGUAUAAUUUCAUUUUAUACCUGCCGAAUCAUCAUCACCUUUGUAUAUGUUGAAGUGUGUUUUUGUUAUUUGUUUGUUCUAGAAUGCAGUUCUG